GCAUCUACUUUUACAUUACAUACAGACAGACAUCUUCAAACCCAUUAAAUUUCAGAGAGUCAGUCUGACAGUGGUAAAGAACAGUUUUCAAUAUUGUCUCCGGUCAAUGUUAUUGAAAAUUCCAAUUUACAAACUGAUGUUGAGUCUACUUUACAGACUUCAACUGCGAGUCAAGCUGAUUCCAUACCUGCUAAUUAAAAAAGACCUACUUAUUGGUAAUCAACGUGCACAGUGGUCCAUCAUUGAGGAGCUCUAUGCUACAGAUGGUGAAGCCGGACGUGCAAGAACCACAACCCUGACGGAUAAACACAUUAGACCAACUUCUUAUGACAAGAUGAAGGUCAACCAUGCAGAAGUAUUCAGCAACACAGUCUACAUCUCUCUAUCGAUGUAUUUGAAGACAUGCGAACGAUUUAGAAUGGACCAUAAUUAUAUUGUCCCACCUAUUAACAUUGAUAAUGGCUUUUUCACUGCUGAAAUAAUAUUAUUCAUGAACAAUUUGUUUGAUAGCCUUAAUGGUGGUGGUCAUAAAAGUACCAGUUUACGUAAUGCUUUAUCUUUAGAAUCAGAUCACUUUUUAGUUUUGGAAUGAAGCAGUGAAAAAACUACAAUCAAUGAAAUUUGAUGCUACAGGCUCAAGAAAAAUGAGGCCAAUUUCAUUACGUAACUUUUGUCACGAUAUAAAAACCGUAAAGAUUUUAAAAACAUUUCAGGCGUUAACUUCUUGAGUCUUCAGCAAUUAAACCAGGAUCCCCUGGAAUUUUUUUCACAAAUCAGAGGUCAUGGUGGCUCUAAUACACACCCUGAUUGUCACAAUUUUAUUUAGUCAUUUAAGACAUUGUUAAUUAAUGAUAUGACAUCUGAUAGUUCUAUAUAUGCAAAUUGUUCUCGCGAUAAAGAUAAAAUGCUCGGUUCUCUCAGGAGUUUAAUUAAUAGAGCAAAAAUAGAUAUUCAAUGUAUUGAUUACACAUCUCAACAUCAAAAUUUAGAUUUCAUAGAUACUUGUAUUCCUUCCGAAAACGUUUUUCAAACUCAAGCUGUGUUUUGCAGGUGCAAUUUGCAGAUAUUUAUUUUCAAAACUAGAUAGUGCAGAUUGCCAAAGUUGUAAAAAUGCACUAUUGUCUGAUGUAAAUGAACCAUUUCACUCUUUAAUUGAAUCCAGAGAAUAUAAUGCAAGUACCAAAAUUUUUUAUCAUCCGUCUCGUAAUCUUAGAGUCUUGUAUGACAAUGUAUUUAUUUAAUUGAAGAAAUAUUGCCAAAAAUUUGUAACGUUUACACAGAUUUAAUUAUUUAAAAAUCGGCUCGAUACUUCUUUCUUAUUUUGUGACAAGCAUAAAUUGGAUUUUUUUUAACGCUUUUUGGUUGUUUGUCAUUAGAAUGCAAGUCAGACAAUGGUGUAUUAAUUUUAAUAGGAAGAUGCACAAUGUAGAUACUAGAAAGAAAGGAAAGGAAAUGGAAGAUAUGCUUAAAAAUAAAGUAAGUUAAGGUGCUAGCUAUAGAUCUACACACCACCAAAGUCAGUAAUUUUUUCAUACCGUAUGUUUAUAUUCAUAUUUUCUUAACUUGGAAUUUAAAUUAAAGAUUAUUUUUCAUGCUAUUUAUCAGUCUUUCAAAUUUCCAUUUUGAAUUCUUUCAUACUAUUACUUUUGUAAGAGUAAGUUAUUAGGUAUUUGUAUUCUAUUAUUAUAUUUAUUUUUUGUUAGACUAUUAUUAUAGAUUUUUAUUUGUUAAGAGUUAACUCAAAAACUUACACUACUGAUUUUAGAAAUCCACAUUUUACUAGAAAGCUACAUCUGUAACAAAUACAGGGUGCUCGGGAGUAUUUCCCAUAACUUCAAGGUGUCGACGAGUCCACAUAAAGGAACCGAACUGCAUAACUAAUAUUUUUUUAACUAAUAAAUAAAAUCUUUUUAUUUCUUCAAACAUUAAAAUACGUAAAACUUGGCUACGUCAUAAUUAUAAAUAUGUAUUAAUGUACUAUGUACGUCAUUAUAUAAAUUUAUUAUUAUGUAUUAAUUUUCGUUAAAGAGUAACCCCAGAGUUAUAGGAAAUACUGCCAAGCACCCAUUAUAAUCAAAAACACCUAUUCCGGUAAAACCAUGGUCAAGUCUGCUAGUAAUAUACAUAUAAUUAAGUAUAAGUCCUAACAAAUAUGUGUGAUAUCCUGUCCUUUUUGUACUUUUAAUUAGAAAUCUUGCUCUUUGUAUUACAUUCUAAUGUAUAUUGUAAAAAAAUUGCUAAAUUUGUGAAAAAAAUGUUUAAUACUGAAACAAUGUGGGAUUUCACAGUAUUGUACGUGCUUUGUGUUUUUAUUGUUUUUAAAACUAUAAUUUUGCAAAACUCACAAUCUUUGUUUUGUAUGACAAUAAAUUACAUAAUUUUAAUUAGGUUUUUAGGUAACCUUACUUACACUUACUUAUUUUUAUUAUAAUGGUCUCUGAUCCGGCAUUAGAAAUAUAUACCCUCAUAUGUUUUUAGUGAUGAUAAAUAAUAUUUACAGAGACACAUUAUAAAGAGGUUGCCUAUUAUACUUAAGUUAAAAUGAUUGUUUUAUAAUUAAUAAUUUACAAGGUCAAGUAAAAAAAAAAAUAGUAAAGAACUAAGAAUAUUAUGUUGAUUCUGUUACACUGUUCUGUCUCAAAUUUAUUUGUAUAUUGAAUCCUCAUAAUGUUAUAGAAAAUCAAUAUGUAAGUGAUUUUCCACCAGCCUAAAAUUUGUAUGUACACAAUAUUUGUAAUUUUGGGGAUUGUGAAUUCUUGCCGGGUCUUAGUAGAAUCUGCCUUCCGAACCGGUGGUAGAGUCACUACACAAUUAACAGACAAUAACAAAAUAAAUAG